GAGUUGGAGAGCGGAGAGCGGAGCUCGAAACUGACUGGAAACUUCAGUGGCGCGGAGACUCGCCAGUUUCAACCCCGGAAACUUUUCUUUGCAGGAGGAGAAGAGAAGGGGUGCAAGCGCCCCCACUUUUGCUCCUUUUUCUCUCCUCCUCCUCCUCUCCAAUUCGCCUCCCCCCACUUGGAGCGGGCAGUUGCGGACUGGCUCCGCGCCUCCCUAAGUGCUCGCCGCGGUAGCCGGCCGUCGCGCCAGCCUCCCCGGGAGCCGCUCGCUCCGCAUCCGGGCAGCCGAGGGGAGAGGAGCCCGCGCCUCGAGUCCCCGAGCCGCCGCGGCUUCUCGCCUUUCCCGGCCACCCGCCCCCUGCCCCGGGCCCGCGUAUGAAUCUCCUGGACCCCUUCAUGAAGAUGACCGACGAGCAGGAGAAGGGCCUGUCCGGCGCCCCCAGCCCCACCAUGUCCGAGGACUCCGCGGGCUCGCCCUGCCCGUCGGGCUCCGGCUCGGACACCGAGAACACGCGGCCCCAGGAGAACACGUUCCCCAAGGGCGAGCCCGACCUGAAGAAGGAGAACGAGGAGGACAAGUUCCCCGUGUGCAUCCGCGAGGCCGUCAGCCAGGUGCUCAAGGGCUACGACUGGACGCUGGUGCCCAUGCCGGUGCGCGUCAACGGCUCCAGCAAGAACAAGCCGCACGUCAAGCGGCCCAUGAACGCCUUCAUGGUGUGGGCGCAGGCGGCGCGCAGGAAGCUCGCGGACCAGUACCCGCACUUGCACAACGCCGAGCUCAGCAAGACCCUGGGCAAGCUCUGGAGACUUCUGAACGAGAGCGAGAAGCGGCCCUUCGUGGAGGAGGCGGAGCGGCUGCGAGUGCAGCACAAGAAGGACCACCCGGAUUACAAGUACCAGCCGCGGCGGAGGAAGUCGGUGAAGAACGGGCAGGCGGAGGCAGAGGAGGCCACGGAGCAGACGCACAUCUCCCCCAACGCCAUCUUCAAGGCGCUGCAGGCAGACUCGCCGCACUCCUCCUCCGGCAUGAGCGAAGUGCACUCCCCCGGCGAGCACUCGGGGCAAUCCCAGGGCCCACCGACCCCACCCACCACCCCCAAAACCGACGUGCAGCCGGGCAAGGCUGACCUGAAGCGAGAGGGGCGCCCCCUGCCAGAGGGAGGCAGACAGCCCCCCAUCGACUUUCGCGACGUGGACAUCGGCGAGCUGAGCAGCGACGUCAUCUCCAACAUCGAGACCUUCGACGUCAACGAGUUUGACCAGUACCUGCCGCCCAACGGCCACCCGGGGGUGCCGGCCACGCAUGGCCAGGUCACCUACACGGGCAGCUACGGCAUCAGCAGCACCGCGGCCACCCCGGCGGGCGCGGGCCACGUGUGGAUGUCCAAGCAGCAGGCGCCGCCUCCACCCCCGCAGCAGCCUCCGCAGGCCCCGCCGGCCCCGCAGGCGCCCCCCCAGCAGCAGGCGGCGCCCCCGCAGCAGCCAGCUGCGCCCCCGCAGCAGCCACAGGCGCACACGCUGACCACACUGAGCAGCGAGCCGGGCCAGUCCCAGAGAACGCACAUCAAGACGGAGCAGCUGAGCCCCAGCCACUACAGCGAGCAGCAGCAGCACUCGCCCCAGCAGAUCGCCUACAGCCCCUUCAACCUUCCGCACUACAGCCCUUCCUACCCGCCCAUCACCCGCUCGCAGUACGACUACACCGACCACCAGAACUCCAGCUCCUACUACAGCCACGCGGCGGGCCAGGGCACCGGCCUCUACUCCACCUUCACCUACAUGAACCCCGCCCAGCGCCCCAUGUACACCCCCAUCGCCGACACCUCUGGGGUCCCUUCCAUCCCGCAGACCCACAGCCCCCAGCACUGGGAACAACCCGUCUACACACAGCUCACCCGACCUUGAGGAGGCCUCCCAUGAAGGGCGAAGAUGGCCGAGAUGAUCCUAAAAAUAACCGAAGAAAGAGAGGACCAACCAGAAUUCCCUUUGGACAUUUGUGGGUUUUGUUUUUUAUUUCGUUUUUUGUUUUCUUCUUCUUCCUUAAAGACAUUUAAGCUAAAGGCAACUCGUACCCAAAUUUCCAAGACAGAAACAUGACCUAUCCAAGCGCAUUACCCACUUGUGGCCAAUCAGUGGCCAGGCCAACCUUGGCUAAAUGGAGCAGCGAAAUCAACGAGAAACUGGACUUUUUAAACCCUCUUCAGAGCAAGCGUGGAGGAUGAUGGAGAAUCGUGUGAUCAGUGUGCUAAAUCUCUCUGCCUGUUUGGACUUUGUAAUUAUUUUUUUAGCAGUAAUUAAAGAAAAAAGUCCUCUGUGAGGAAUAUUCUCUAUUUUAAAUAUUUUUAGUAUGUACUGUGUAUGAUUCAUUACCAUUUUGAGGGGAUUUAUACAUAUUUUUAGAUAAAAUUAAAUGCUCUUAUUUUUCCAACAGCUAAACUUCUCUUAGUUGAACAGUGUGCCCUAGCUUUUCUUGCAACCAGAGUAUUUUUGUACAGAUUUGCUUUCUCUUACAAAAAGAAAAAAAAAAAAAUCCUGUUGUAUUAACAUUUUAAAAAGAAUUGUGUUAUGUGAUCAGUUUUGGGGGUUAACUUUGCUUAAUUCCUCAGGCUUUGCGAUUCAAGGAGGAGCUGCCUUAAAAAAAAAUAAAGGCCUUAUUUUGCAAUUAUGAGAGUAAACAAUAGUUUAGAGAAGCAUUUGGUAAGCUUUAUCGUAUAUAUAUAUUUUUAAACAAGAGAAAAACACCUUGAGCCUUAAAACCAUGCUGCUGGGAAACACUUGCGCUCUCUUUUAGUGCAUUUCCUCCUGCCUUUGCUUGUUCACUGCAGUCUUAAGAAAGAGGUAAAAGGCAAGCAAAGGAGACAAAAUCUGUUCUGGGAAUGUUUCAGCAGCCAAUAAGUGCCCGAGCACACUGCCCCCCAUUGCCUGCCUGGGCCCCAUGUGGAAGGCAGAUGCAUGCUCACUCUGUCACCUGUGCCUCUCUGAACACCAGCAGUUAACCUUCAAGACAUUCCACGUGCUAAAAUUAUUUAUUUUGUAAGGAGAGGUUUUAAUUAAA